UCGCUCACACCAACCCCAGGCUGGAAACAGUGUACUUCUACCCUUUAACUUUUCCUUGUAUAUCACCUGCCUUUUCUAGUUGCCUGUCUCUGAGACCUCUGCUCAGACAUUUGGGUGCAAGCUAUCUAGCUCCCACCCUUUCUUCUCUGCUAUGGCUUCCUGGAAGGCCUGGGCACUCGGUUUCCUUCUGGUACUGCUCUGCUCAUUCCAGCUCCCUACAGCACAGGGAGAAGAGCAGCACCACCAUCAUGACCAGCAACAUCAGCACAGUGAAGUAGAGCAACAUGGCCACAAGGAUGAACAUCAUCAUCACAAGGAACACCAGUACCAUGGAGACCCACAAAGUGAUGAUGAAGAUGCACAUUACCAUCAUGCCACUCACCUCCAUGAAGCAGGACAUCACCAAGGAGUGCACCAUACUGCAGUUCAUGAUGAAGAAGAGGAACAUGAUCAUCACCAUGAUGGGCCACACCAUGGUGAACACCAUCACCACCAGCACAGUAACCACCAUGAUGGUGAUGACGACGGUGAUCAUGGCAAACAUCACCAUCAUGGUGAACAUCAUGGCGACCAUCACCUUCAUGGUGAACAUCAUGGCGACCAUCACCACCACCACAAUGAUGAAUAUGAUGAAGACCAUCAUCACGGACAUCAUGAUGACCACCACCACCACCAUCAUGUUGAUGAGGAGGAGGAGGAGGAAGAGGGUCACCACCACCAUCAUGAACAUCAUGGUGACCACCAUCAUCACCACUAUCAUAGUAGUGAUGAUGAUGAUGACGACGACAAUCAUGAUGAACACCACCACCACCAUCAUGAGCAUCAUACUGAUCAUCACCAUCACCAUGAAGAUGAUGAUGAUGAUGACGAUGAUAAUGAACAUGAACAUCAUCACCAUAAAGAACAUCAUGGUGCCCACCACCACCACGAUGAUGAUGAUGACGACAGUGAUGAAGAAGAACACAUGAGUCAUCACCAUCAUCACCAUGAUGAAGAUGAAGAUGGGGAUGAGGAUGAAGAAGAGAAGGAAAAAGCCCAUAGACACCAUCAUGGUAGCCAACAUCACCAUAAAGAAGAUGAUGAUGAGGAGGAGGAAGAACACCAUCACCACCACCACCACCACCAUGGUGCUGAAGAAGAAGAAUCUGAUGAAAAUGCUUCUGACGAAGAAGAUGAAGAUGAACAUGAAGGACACAAACAAAAGCACCACAAACAUGAAGGCCUCAAAAAAGAUAAGAAACACCAUGAAAGUGAAGAAGAAGAGGACGAUGAUGAGGAUGAAGAGGAUGAUGACGACGAGUAUGAGGCAGGCUCUCUUUGCCACUACUGUGCCUUCUGCAAGCACUGUGACGAGUGUGAUAAGUGCCCCUGUAAAGAAGGAGACAGCAGUGAAUACUGCACAAGCUGUCAGUACUGCCAUUUCUGUUACAUUUGCCCUGUAUGUGAGACAGCAUGUACGCCAGGAAGCAUCGUAGAUGAAUUAUCAGGAGCCUUAUUUCAGACAUUUGCCACCAUCUUUGAGCAACAAGAGCAUUGAAAAAUUGGUGGAGAGGCCAAAACUAGGAGGGGGGAGCAGGGAUGAUGAAACAUGUGGCCUUCCAGAUGUUGGACUAAAACUGCUUAUUCUUUGCCAUUGGCCGUGCUUGCAUUUAUGUGAGUUGCACUCCAGCCACAUCCUCCAGCCUUGAUUGCCUAGCACCCGUUCUUUUCCCUGAAAGUCAUGCUGCACUUCCUCUACGUAAUUGUUGAAGAUAUGCGAAACCCUCUCUUCCUUUGCACCCUUUAACCUGGUGAACCCUGGAAAAAGGCCAGUGUCCAGGGCAAAGGCUAGUGUCAUAGCUGGACACCUGCCAAGGACCUACAGCCCAGUAGUGAUCCCAUUGACAUGAGUCCUUUUGAUUUAAGCCUUCACGAUUGCAGCCUGCUGGUUCACCCGCCCCUUGUUCUGGCCCAAGCAAUGGUGGCGAUGGUGGUGUGGUAAGGAGGACCUCACUAGUUUUCUCAAAGAUGAGACAGAGCAAUGGCAGCUGGUGCCAGUGGUGGUGAGGAGGUAGAUUCACUAAGAGAGGUGGGGCCCAUAGUGGUUGCUUUGCCCAAGGGCCCUAUAAGUUCUGGAGCCAGCAUUGCUAGGGGUGAUCAUUUUGGAAGGAAGCCACUGCCUUUUCUAGUGCUUUCUUCCUAGAACUACAACUUGUACAUGAAACUGUAUAGAGGAACCCACAUUGCAAAUUGGAUUAGCAUCCCCAUGCAAAGGAAGACUAAAUACAAACAAAAAAUGGUUAUGGACAAUUGGCAUAUCCAAUUGUUGUGAUGUGGAUUUCCUUUUGAGAAAGAGUGAAUAGCAUCAAUAGGAUGCUAGAACUCAGCCAGAGGGUGGUGAUGGUUCCUAGUACUUCAAGGAACAAGCUCCAUGUGAACAAAACCUGAAAACAGAACCAUGAGGAGACUCAGUAGUUCUUCACUCCCUCAUGCUUAAACUUAUCUCCCCUUUCCUGUGAGGGACAUUCCCUCUUCAGCUGCUUUAUUUUUUCUUAAUUUAUAGCUAUCUCUUCAUCCUGUUUUCAUAGGGAAUCUUAAAAUAGCCUUUUUUUGGUCUUCCUUCUGACAUGGCUGUUCUGUUCUCUAAAAACCUUUUGCUAAAGCAAAGUUAAUGGUAAAUGGGGAAGGCGUGGGAUGUGAAAGGGCAUUUCCCCAGGCCUUUGCAAGUUUGUAAUUAACCCAACAUUUGCACAUGCUCUUCCUCCAAGUAUUUCCCCCCUUCCUUUCUGUAGACCAGCCAAUGAACGCAAGGAACACAGUCGCACUGCUACCUAGAGUAGGAGAGAAAAUUUAACAACCAAAAAGGAUAAUACUUU